GAGAGGUGUAUGUACUGUUAACAUCAAGUUCAUGUACAUGUAGAUAUACGUACAACACCCCAAGCAGAAAAUAUUGAACAAGGUUCUGGCCGGGACACAGGGAUCAAUUUGAGUAUGUUUCCUACAUUUUAUUGUUGUCAAAGUAAUCGUAUAUUUCAGAGGUGUAUGUACUGUUUUAAUCUUAUGUUUCUGUUUGUAGAUGAACCAGCUAGUGAUAGUGCAUUGCCUCAAGGGUACCAUGGAGUUGGGUACAACCCUAACUUCGAGAACGCAGAUGAGUACCCUCCAAGCCAAACACCGGUUCAAGCAAAUCCUCGCAAGAUCAUAGAUUUGAAUGAUCUAGCAAAUAAGCGUACAAGAAAGUUUUACAGCACGGAAGAAAAACGACAAAUUUACCAAUGGAUCCAGCAACGUAAUGGAACCUCCAGAAAAAUGAAACGUGGCGUGACGGCUGAAGUUGCAAUCUUGGCUAAGUGUCCACGAAGGGUAGUCACAAGAAUUUGGAGGCAGGGAAUAAAUGGAGGUGGCAUAAAUAGUGUCAAGUGUGGAAAGAUCGGGAAGGUUGGUAGAAAGAAGAACAUAUUGGACAUAGAAGCAAUGGAAGCUAUCCCAGCAACCGAACGCACCACUAUACAUCAACUUGCAGAAGCUAUGAACAUGCCAAAGUCUACUGUUUUCCUAAGGUUAAAAGAGAAGGAAAUAAGAAGAGUCACAAGCGAUGUGAAGCCCAUGUUGGGAGAAGAAAACGAGAAGCAACGUUUGUUGUAUGCUCUCCAUCAAGUUGAGCCUUGUACUUUGUUUGAUGAUGAACCCACAAUGAAGGGUGGAUUCAAUGUUGCACAUUAUGAUGAGAAGUGGUUCUACAGAAUUAGGAGGAAUGAAAAUGUAUAUUUAAGCAAAAGGGAGGAAGCCCCAAAAAGAGCGACAAAGAACAAGAAUUAUAUCGAGAAAAUAAUGUUUGUUUCUGUAAUUGCUAGACCAAGAUAUGAUGCGGAAGGUAAUUGCACUUUUGAUGGGAAGAUAGGCGUUUGGGCGUAUGUUGAAUGGGUUCAAGCACAAAAGAGAAGUGCUAAUAGGAAGAGGGGAGAUUGGGAGCUCAAGCCGUGCACUGAAGUUGACAAGGCCAAAAGUAGAGAGUACCUUGUUAAAUUCAUUCUUCCUGCGAUCAAGGCAAAGUGGCCGGCUAGUGACAGGCACAAACCGAUCUACAUUCAACAAUACAAUGCUAGAACUCAUAUUCAGCCCGAUGAUCCAAUAUUUGUUAGUGAGGCUGCACGUGGAGGUUGGGACAUUCGGAUGGUUUAUCAACCUCCUAACUCACCGGACUGCAAUAUUUUGGAUCUUGGUUGGUUUGCUUCUAUUCAAUCUAUGUUUCAAAAGAAAAUACCAAAAACUCUCGUAGAAAUAGUGCAUAAAGUUAAUCAAUCGUUAGCGGAAUAUCCACAUCAAAAGCUCAAUAGGAUUUUCUUGAGCCACCAAGCAUGCAUGAGGGAGAUUAUAAAGAAGAAGGGAUCAAUCCAUUAUGAUGUACCUCACUUGAAGAAGCAAGUUCUUGAGAGACAAGGAAAGUUGCCAAUCCGAUUGAAAAUAGAGAAGCAGCUUAUAGAAGAUGCACUUGCGUGGCUUCACGCGAACUAAGCUAAUCCUAUUGUCGUACAAGCCAAUGUUUAGAUUUUAUUACUCCCAUUGUCGUACAAGUCAAUGUUUAGAUUUUAGUAUGCAUCUUGACAAUAUAUGCAUCUCUAUAGAACCAAGAUAAGCUCAUAAUAAAAUCAUAUAAAACC